CAUUUAAAAUGGCAGGUUGGCCAUCUGUUCUCGUAGCAAUCGGCGUUGCUUUGGCAGUUAUAGUUGUUAACGAAGAGAGCAUGUACAACCGACGUAGAAAUCGCAGUGGAAAUUCAGGAAAACAUAAUCAUCAGGCAAAGUGUGAUAUAUUCAUUGGAAUCUUAUCUGCAAGGGAUCAUUUUGAGCACAGAAAGGCCAUACGUGAGACAUGGCUUGGAUAUAUACACACUCACCCUAGGUGGAAGAGAAGGAUUUGCAGCAAAUUUGUUGUUGGUAACCACUCCUGCCACUUACCUCCUGAAUACAGAAGAGAUCCAUACUCAUGUACACCACUCAACAUUUCAAAAACAGGGAAGCCCAAGGACAUUGUAGCAAUGACAGUCAUCAAUGAUACAGGGAUAUACAGACUGACUUCAGGUCCAAUUGGAUUUGAUUUCAAGGUUCAUUAUCCUAUCAUCCUUCACAAGCUGGGUGUCUUUGAUUCUUCUGCUGAUGGCAUCAAACAUCCUCUCACAGUUUCUCUCUUUGAUACUUGGAGGCAGGAAAAAGUAGUUAGUGCUCGUUUUAGCCCAGAACAGCCCGGUGUGUUUAUUGAAGGUUAUAGAUUCAGAGCAGUGGAGCCAUAUCUUCUUCCAAAGGGCUUUGAAGGAACGAUAGUUGUGAACAGUUUCAAUAAAGAUGAUCCUUCCACUACACUCUACCUCAGCAAAGAUGCUACUAAUAAUGGAGGGGGUGUUAUAGAAUUACAACAGUAUAGCAGAUAUAGCGAGGACAAUUCAGAUUUUCCAGAGAAAGUUGAAAAACUUGAUAGAGGCACAGAAGCUUUGGUUUCAGGCAACUUUAUUUACAAUAUUCAUGAACCUGAUAAACUCUCUGUUUGGAUGAAUGUAAGUGAAGAACAAUCUUCAAAAUGGCAUUCUAAGAUUGUCAACGAGACGAAAGCUCUCCAAGCCGAGGCUGAGGAUCAGAAUGAUAUUCUCCUUCUGGAUGUUGUAGAUACUUACAGAAAUAUUCCUGCAAAAAUGCUGCAAUUUUAUGAAUGGGUGGUGCAAUCAAGCAAUAUCCAAUAUGUAAUCAAAACUGAUGAUGAUGUUUACAUGAAUCUGGAUAAUAUUAUGCAGAGCUUUGGAAAUGAGGAGUAUCCAGCAUCUAAACUUUGGUGGGGUCAAUUCAGAUUUGGCUGGUCUGUAGAACAUCAUGGGAAGUGGGCGGAGCAUGACUACCAAUCACCAGUUUACCCAUCAUUUGCAUGUGGAUCAGGUAGUCUAAUGACAAGGGAUCUAUUUCAAUGGAUAGCUACUAAUUCAAGAAAUCUAUUCAAGUUUCAAGGAGAAGAUGUAUCCUUGGGUAUAUGGUUAGCUGCUCUUCAACCAAAUUACCAUGACGACCCGAGGUGGCACUGUGACAAUGCAUGUUCAUCUUCAAUGUAUGUAUCUGCAGAAUUAACUCCAGAUGAAAUCCGAAGUAGAUGGCAUCAUAGAAAACAAUGUGGAGACCCAUGUGGCUGUGGAUGACGUUAGUUUACAUUAUUUUGUUUUAUUUUUUGUAGAAAAUAGUUUAUAUAAUUCUCCUGCUUCUUUUUCUUCUUUUUAUGAGAAAGGGAUAGAGAGAGAUAGAGAGUGAAAGAGACAGAAUGGGGGAAUGAAAGAGAGACAAAAAGCAGAAGGGGGUCACAGUUAAUUUGAAAUUUGGUAAUAUGAAUUAUGAAAUCUUUAUAUCUAAGGUGUACAUCUUCUUUUGGAAUUACUAACCUGUGCAAUGUGUGCCUAUUGAUUCCUACUUCAAACCAUGAUUGAUUGAAUCUUGUAGUUAGUACAUUUUUUUUAGAUAACUUUGGAAUGUAAUAAUUACAAUCAUUCAUUUCUUUUAUUAUGCCUAUCACGUAACAUUUAGCAUAUCUUUGUACUUUUUAAUGAAAAAGGAAGAGAAGCUGGAGAAUUCAUUGUUGUCCACAAGUUGGAAUUGUUACCUCUUUCUCUUUUUGUGAAGUGAUUGUGACUGAUUCAUUCUUGUGAUGUUUAGUUACCAUUAUAAAUGUUAAAACUUGCCUUACUAUUUGUGGUAAAAUUGAAGAGUCUAAAGAAAUUAUAUACUAUACAAAUGAUGCAUGCACAUGAGUUCAUUUUGUGAUCUAUCCUCACUCUAGUUGAGGCUCUGUUCAAUCCAUUGCAAGAGGUCGUUAGGCUGAGUACAAUGGGAUGAACACAGUCUCAUCGAGAGUGGAUAGGUUGCAUAAUGGAUGAAUGAAGACAUGCAUCAUUUGGUUUAUACAAAUGGAUCAAAUAUUUAAUGGCUUUAAAGUCAUCAAAUCACAAGAAUCUUAGUAUUAAUAUAAAUCCAAACAAUGUUCAUUCUCCUUUUGGCAAUCAUAUGAACCCAUGUGCUAAUUGUUAAUGAUGAAUCAAUAUUAUGAUGUAAUGCACUCAGUCUGGUGUAAAGACAUUUUUCUUAACUGAAUUUCCUUGAUAACUCAUUUAAAAGUUAUCAAUAGCUUAGGACUUUAAAAAUAAUAAAAUCACAUCGUCGCAAGCACUUCAUGAGAAAAGGAAAUACUUAUUCCAAACCAUUGGAUAACAAUGUAUGAUUUAUGUUUUGUUAAUUUGCAAACUGGUGCUAUGUUUUUGUCUUCACAAUGUACUAUAAAAUUGGACCAUGUGAAUAUGAGAUAUUACAGUAUUAUUUUUUAUCUGAGUGAAUGUUAAUAGGUUUUGUAUUAUUGAUGUAAGAUAUUUAUAUGCUUGGCAAAAGUCAAUGAUUUAUGCCUAAAUAAAUUUGUAGAAUCUUGGAAUAUUGUCUCCAACUGUUGUCUGAACAAAGUAAAGGGCUCUGGAAAUGACUCUUAAUUAUUCUUUUCCAUCUGUAUAGGAAAAGACCCAUUUCUGAUUGAGAUUGUAUAACAGGGUUUUUGUUUUCCAUGUCUGCCCUGAAUAUCAAUGUUUACAAUAUUACACAACUGUUAUGUACUUUGUUAAAAGUAAUUUCUAAAUGUCUCCAAUACAGUGUUCAAUAAUUUUUGCACAGAUAUUUGUAUCUGCAUUGUAUCCUUGCAAUAAAUGGCUGGAAUACUUGGCAGAAAAAUGAACAUGCACUUAAGUUGUAUACAGGUUACCGGAACUCAAAUUUGAUGAAAUCGGUAAUAAUAUCAAAGCAGACCUACAUUUUCCUUUGCCAUUACUUUUUUAAAAAUCACUCUCACGUUGCUCAGCAAAAUAUACAUCUGCACAUCUUUAACUCAUUGAUGGGGAUAUUGCAGUAAUGGUGAUUGAAGUCCAGUCACCAAAAUAGGCAUUUGGAUUGGUUUGAUAAGUACUGUAAAGUGCCCAGACAUUGUCAAUAAUUGAACUAUAUGUAUAAACUAAAACCUUUUUAACAUCAACUGCCUAUUCAUAUUCCAUGGAAGCAACUUAAAAUUGUCAUUUGAAUGAGUCUAAUUAAUUACAGGUAUAUUAACAAGGGGGUAUAUAAUCAUGUUGCUGGUAUUGUGAAAAUCGUAGUCUUGCCAUGCCAAAUCUUGCAUACAGUUAGUUUGUUUGAUUGUUCUUGUUUAAAGAAUGCAAGAUAUUCUGAAGUGGAAUUUUGUCAGUGGUACAAUUUUCUUUAAUCAUCUUUGAAUCAAUUUAAAGUAUUCUGAAGUCCAGUUUGACAUAGGCCAUGAUCUCUUAGUUAAAAUUUUGGGAAGCCAAUGGGUUUAACAUGAGCCAUGAUCUCUUAGUUAAAAUUAUGGAAAGCCAACCGGUUUAACAUAGGCCAUGAUCUCAUAGUUAAAAUUAUGGUAAGCCAAGCCUUUCAGAAUUGAAGUUGAAUUAUGUUUCUUAUCAUUACUAGGCUCUUUCCUCAAGUUUAAUGAGCACUAUUUCAGUAAUUUAUAAUUUUUCAGUCACUUGUGAAUGAUUUGAGUGUCGAUUGAGCUGAUAAAUAGAACUUGUUAGAGAAACCGGUCACAUUUGGCUGUCCCUAGUUGAAUCACACUUUAAACCAGAGUUGAAAAUACAGGCCAAUUGAUAUAUAGUUCUUCCAUGUUGCCUUGAUUAUCAAUCAGUACAUGAGAGAUAUUAAGUGUGGUCACAUGGUGCCUGAAUUUGUAUCAAAAGCAAAAUACAUUCAUGAAUUAGAGAGGAUUAGUAGAUAAAACAAAAUCAAGUGUGAAUUAGAUUGUAAAUAGACUUGAGUAUGCAUGUAGAAUGAAGAAGAUUUAUAUCGUUUUAUAAUCGUUCUAAAUGAAAUAAUUAUUAGUCACCAAGACACCAGAGGCACAAUGAUUUGCUAUUUGUCCUGACAUUAUUUCGGUUGCACUGAAAAAUACCCCCCAAAAAGAGAGAAUUUGACCUGGGAAAGUCCUGAAUUUUUAAAAAUAUUUUACAAAAUAAUGUUGAAACUGAUAUUGAUUGCUAUUAAGAUACAAGAUACUAGCUUAUACAUUGGACAGGCUCCAUGUGAUAUGAAAUUGUUAUAUUCCAAACAUGUUCCCUUUUCUAUAAAAUGAGCAUGAUUAUGCAUUGUUUGUAUAAAGUAUAAAUAAUCUACAUGUUUUUACAAAUUUUGAUGUUUUUAACUAAAUUGGUAUCCUGUAAAUUACUACAUAUUUAUUCUCUUGAUCAGAAUACAACUGAGUUGAAACCAAAAAAAAAGACAGAAAAAUUCCAAGCAACACUCGCUUCACCAAGUAUCCUCUUUUCUCAAAGCUCCUUAUAAAAAUAUCCAAAAUUUAGCUCUAACAAUGGAAUUUCACUUUGUGCUACUUAAAACUAAUUCCAAAGAAAUAAUAUUUGCUGAGCAUUACAUUAUAUCCGUCCCCAUUUAGCAGUACUUACUUUAUUGCAUUUACACAGAUAUCUGUCAUGUGUUACAUAACCUCAUAAUCAUUGAUAAUUUCUUGCCAUAAAUAUAUAUCCUUGUUACCAUUUGCAAAUGUUUUAGAUUUGCAAACAGUGUGACAGCUAUCAUAUUUAUCAAUCAUAUAUAGUCAUAAGUGGUAUUGAUAUGUUUGAAUUAUUGGAAGAUACAGCUGUAUUUGGUAUACAUGUAUGAAAAUUGAUGUUGGCCCUUUGUAGUUUUUAAACAAAUUAAUGUUUGCAUUUGUCAUAAUUAUCUUUGAAAUUUAACCAAGUCUAACCAACUGACUGUUCUCCACAUGGACAUGAUAAAAAUGAAGAGUGACCUGAAAUGCCCUUAUUCGCAAAGUUUGUUUUGGAAACCAUCAGUUGAACCCAUGGUUUAUGCAGAUUUUCUGCUUAUUUACAUGUAAACUGAAAAGUGUC